AUGCGAUCCUCCUACAAGCGACCCAAGCUCAACGAGCCCGAGCCCAUCCACCCGGCUGAGCCUCCGAUGCCGCUGCAGCCUCGCCGCCUCACCCAAGACCAAGAGCUCACCGUCAUCGUCUCUGCGCUUCGCAACGUCGUCGCUGGCACCGCCACAGCGGCCUCCAUGGACUUCAAUUCCCUCCUCCCCCCACUACAAUGUGCCUCCACUUCAUACGCGGGCGCAACUGGCAGUAGCUGCUACGGCGACGCCCUAUUGACACAGUCCGAUUUGGACACCUGCAACGUGUGCAAAAUCAAGGGCUGUCUUGGGUGCAAUUUUUUCCCGCCACCAGCACAGGAGGAAAAGGGAAACAAUAACAAAAAGGGGCCCAAGAAGAGGGUGAAGAAGAACUACAGGGGAGUGAGACAGAGGCCUUGGGGUAAAUGGGCUGCGGAGAUUCGAGACCCGAGGCGGGCGACUCGGGUCUGGCUCGGCACAUUCACAACGGCGGAGGAGGCGGCCCGGGCCUACGACAAGGCAGCGAUCGAGUUCCGCGGACCCAGAGCAAAGCUCAAUUUUCCAUUUCCCGACACCACAUUGUUGACCCAGGAAACCAAUUCAGCACAGCCCGCACAGCCCCAGCAGGUAGUUACAGAGCAAGUGACAAGCAGCGAGUUUUCUCGGGAAAUUGAAAUGACGGAAAUUGGGAAGGGAAAGGGAAAGGAAAAGGAAUUCUGGGAAAUGAUUGGAGAAGACGAAAUCCAACAGUGGAUGAGGAUGAUGGAUUUUGCCACUGAUAAUUCCUCGGAUUCUGGAAAUGCUCAAAGCGCUUGA